UGAAGAAAUAUCAACCUGUUCCUUUAAUAUACAGAUAUAUAGUCAAAGAAAAAUUAGAAAUCGAUCGAGUGGAAAAAAAAAUUGAUAGCAUUUCAUGGGAAGGCCGCCUUGCUGUGACAAAGAAGGAGUGAAGAAGGGGCCAUGGACGCCAGAAGAGGACCUUGUGCUUGUCUCCUACAUCCAACAACAUGGCCCUGGCAACUGGAGAUACGUUCCUACAAACACUGGGCUGAUGAGGUGCAGCAAGAGCUGCAGACUUCGAUGGACUAAUUAUCUGCGGCCGGGGAUCAAGCGUGGCAACUUUACAGAUCAGGAAGAGAAGCUCAUCGUCCAUCUCCAAGCUCUUCUCGGCAACAGGUGGGCAGCGAUCUCAUCGUACCUUCCUGAGAGGACGGACAACGACAUCAAGAACUACUGGAACACUCACCUCAAGAAGAAGCUGAAGAAGAUGCAGAAUAAUCCUCCUCAUCAAGAUGGCAGCGCCUGCAGCAACUCACCAUCGAAGGGCCAGUGGGAGAGGCGGCUCCAAGUCGACAUCCACAUGGCCAAGAAAGCCCUCACCGACGCCAUCGACUUACAAGCCAAGCCUAAAGCUUCACUCCCAGCUGCCGCUGCCGCUGCCACCACCUAUGCCUCUAGCACUGAGAAUAUUUCGCGGUUGCUCCAGCAGGGAUGGAUGAAGAAGAACCAUACUCAUCCCUCACCUAAGACGACUGAAGCAAUUAGCAAGACCGACUUUUCGGCGAUGGAGUCCUGCUUGUUUGGUCUUGAUUCGCUGUCGGCGGGGGUGUCGGAGAGUGCUAGCUUUUCUCAUGAUGAAUUCAGGGCAAUCCUUCCCACUUCUGUGUUUGAGACUUGGCUAUUUGAAGAAGAGAACAAUAGAUCGAGCCCGGUUGUUGAUGCCAUUAUUAAUUAGUUUGUGUGCUUGUAAUUGUGACGAUGAGUGAUGCGUGUGAUCACAAAGAUGAUCAUCACCUCAUAUAUAUCUAAUAAAACUAAGUGUAAAUAUAAAUAAUUAAUGCUUCGGAAUCAUGCAUGUAUAGGUUGUUAAGUGAUAUUAUUUAUUCAACCUAUUAGUUGUACGUCCAUAUACACUAGAGGGAAUUGCUCAAGAAAUGAAUAAUUAUCAAAUUUUUAUUUA